AUGGCAUUUGUGAGUGCUGUGACUGGCGAUGACUCGACGAAGAAAUUCAUGGAUGUCUUACAAAACGAUUUCAAAACUUUAAGUUUGGAGACUAAAAAGAAAUAUCCCCAGAUAAGAGAGGCCUGCGAUGAAGCCAUUGAGAAGUUGUCACUUGCCUCAAAUAAUCCUCAAGCUUCUUUAUAUGGAGUGGUUAAUCAGAUACUUUAUCCGUUAGUACAAGGAUGUGAAUCAAAAGACAUAAAAAUUAUUAAGUUUUGCUUAGGUACUAUACAACGUUUAAUAGCUCAACAAGGCAUUGAUGCGAAGGGAGCCCGACAUGUAGUAGACUGCCUUUAUAAUCUGGGGCAAGCUGGAGUAUUGGAGCUGAAACUUCUUCAGACUGCCGCUUUAUUAAUGACCACAUCAGAUCUUGUUCACGGAGACACAUUAGCUAGGACGAUGGUGAUGUGCAUGCGCACCGUGUCACCGGGCGAGGCGCGCGACGUGAGCACCAGCCACGCGGCCGCCGCCACCGUCCGCCAGCUGGUGGCGCUGGUGUUCGAGCGCGCGCUCGCCGAGACGGACGGCAAGCUGAAAGUGAACCCGGCGGACGUAAGGCUGCAGUCGAACACAAAAGCGCCCAAAGAACUCAAGCCCUGCGCGACUGACGCCUACCUUAUAUUACAAGACAUCAUACAGCUGAUAAACGGAGACUCCGCCCAUUGGCUAGUGGGUAUUUCGGAGGUGCCCAAGACCUUUGGCCUGGAACUCCUCGACACGGUCCUGACAGACUUCUCCGCGGUGUUUUUCAAAAUUCCCGAAUUCAGAUUCCUGCUGAAGGAACACGUAUGCGCUCUCAUAAUAAGACUCUUCUCGCCGAAUGUUAAAUACAGGGCCGCUUUCACGUCGCUGCACAUUCCGGGGGCGGGCGCCGGCGCGGCGCCGGGCGCGGCCGGCAGCCCGGCGCCCGAGAGGCCGCACUUCCCCGUCACGAUGCGCCUGCUGCGGCUCGUGUCCGUCAUAGUGCAUAAAUAUCACGAGGUCUUGGUAACGGAGUGCGAGAUCUUUCUAUCUUUGACCAUAAAGUUCCUCGACCCGGACAAACCUCUGUGGCAACGGGCCUUGGCGCUUGAAGUACUCCACAAAAUGACCAUACAGCCCCAUCUGCUGAGGGCGUUCUGCGAGUGCUACGACAUGAGGCCGCACGCGACCAACAUAUUCCAGGACAUCGUGAACGCGCUAGGCGCUUACGUGCAGAGCCUCUUCGUCGCCUCCCAGGUCAACCAGCAAGUGGCAUCGGCUGGAAUUCCGCAACAAGCAGGAUUCUAUUGGAAGGGUGUUUGGCUCCCGUUGUGCGUUACAUUUGAACCUGGGACCGCUAAGUCUAUUUAUAUUGAGAUGUUGGACAGAAGCGAGGCGCCAACGAUACAAGAGGGCUACGGCAUCUCCGUGGCAUACGCGUGUCUCAUGGAGAUCAUAAGAUCCAUAGCGAUUAGUGUGGAAGGCGACGAAUACUUCAGGCUUCAAGAACUAUACGAGGACGUGCAGAACGACGGCGAGGAGGUCAAUUCGAACAAAACGGGAAAUAAUAAUAAAGAGACGGAAAUUAGUUCGGACACCAAAGAGAUAUCGAACAACGGGCACGGUGCGGCAGAUCAGAACUCGAACGUGGUGGAGAAAAUCAAUCCCGAAAUCGAGGAGAAGGAGAGGCUUUUGAACUUGCAGGUUAUAAAGUCAUCGUGGUGCGGCCUCGUAUGGGGCCUAUCGGUGUUGGCCGAAGCUAGCAUGGGAGAGCUGGAGAACAUUCUCUGUGCCAUUCAGACCUUGGCCAGGGUUAGCGGAAAGGUGGGCGUGUGCGGGGCGCGCGACGCGUGCGUGGGCGCGCUGUGCCGCGCAGCGCUGCCGGCGCAGUACUGCGUGCCGGUGCUGGGCGCGCUGGGGGCGCUGGCCUGCCCCUGGGCGCCGGCCGCCCGCGCGCCCCACCCGCCCGCGCCCGACCUGCGCCACCACGUGGUCUGGGUGGGCACGCCGCUGCCCUGCGCCCAGGUGCCCACAGGCCAACAGCAGUCGUUCGUGAUGGUGACGUCACGCCACGUGACCGCCAUGAAGGCGCUGCUGAACGCCGCCCGCCGCGACGGAGACACCAUCCAGCAGGCCUGGCUGCCGGUCCUCACCACGUUGCAGCACCUGGUGUGGAUCCUGGGUCUGAAGCCGUCGACAGGGGGCAGCAUGAAGGCGAGCCGAGCCAGCGCCGAUGCCAACGCAGUCAUGAGCACCUCCGCCGUCAUGGCGGACCUGCCUGGUCAGCAAGUUCCGGUGGCAGAGUCCCUCGGAGUAAUGAGCGCCCUAUCGGCGAUGCUCUCGAGGGUUUUCGAGUCGUCCAAGAAUCUUGACGACGAGGCCUUACACCACCUUAUCGAAGCCCUCUGCAAACUCUCCAACGAAGCGAUGGAGUUGGCUUACUCCAACAGAGAGCCGUCCCUGUUUGCCGUGGCAAAGCUAUUGGAGACGGGAUUGGCCAAUAUGCACCGGAUCGAAGUUAUGUGGAGGCCAAUCACGAACCACCUGUUAGAGGUGUGCCAGCAUCCGCAUAUACGAAUGCGCGAGUGGGGAGUGGAAGCCAUCACAUACCUCGUGCAGGCGGCAUUCCAGUACCACCACAACAAUCCGGCGCUUAUUACUGAAGCGCGGCAGCGGGCGCUGCUCGAGCCGCUGGCCGAGCUGUGCGGCGUGCGCCACUGCGACGUGCGCGCGCGCCAGCUCGAGUGCGCGGCGCGGCUGCUGCACUCGCGCGGCGACCAGCUCGGCGCCGCCUGGCCGCUCAUGGUCGACGUCAUCGCCGCCGUCUCCGAGCGGCACAGCGAGCAGCUGGUGCGCUCGGCGUUCCAGUGCGCGCAGCUGGUGGCGGGCGACCUGCUCGGCUGCGCGGGCCCGCGCUGCCUGAGGCGCGUGCUGGCCGCGGCGGCCGCCUUCGCGCGCCAGACCAAGGAGCUCAACAUCAGCCUCACUGCCGUCGGCCUCAUGUGGAACAUAUCGGACUACCUGUACCACAACCGCGACAAGCUGUCCGCCGCGCUGGCGAGCGACACCGUCUGCCCCGAGGUGCCCAACCACGCGGAGCUGCCGCCCCUCGACCGGCUCUGGAUGUGCCUCUACAUGCGGCUCAGCGAGCUGUGCACGGAGGCGCGCGCGCCGGUGCGCCGCGCCGCCAGCCAGACGCUGUUCAGCUGCAUCGGCGCCCACGGCACGCUGCUCGGCAAGCCCGCCUGGCGGGCGCUGCUGGCCGUGCUCUUCCCCAUGCUGGAGCAGGUCCAAAAGCAAUCGAACAUCGCGAGCUCCGAGAAGGUGGACACGGGGGAGCACAUACUCAUCCACCACACGAGAAACACGGCGCAGAAACAAUGGGCAGAGACGCAGGUGCUGACUCUGUCGGGCGUUUCGCGAGUCUUCCACUCCCGCUUCCAGCUGCUGACGACGGUUGGAGAUUUCAACAGGUCCUGGACCGCUCUGCUGGACUACAUCACUGACUUCGCACUGAGGAGGAGCCACGAGGUGUCCCUGGCGGCGCUGAAGUCCUUCCAAGAGGUGGUGUCGGCUGCUGGCCGCGCGGAGUGCGAGCCUGGCGUUUGGCCGGCCGCCUGGCAGGCCUGGAGCGACAUCGCGGCCGCCGUUGGUGACCACCAACCGGUUCAAGAGGAGGGCAAACCGGUGGAGGUGUACGCGCCCUCGCAAAACUUCCUCACAACACUGGUGCAGAUAUUCCCGCUAAUAUUCCAGCACAUACGCUCGAACUUCACCGCCAACGACGUGCAGCGCCUGGGCGGGUGCCUGUGCCGCAUCUGCAGCGCCGAGACCGCCAGCGCCGUGGCGGCGGGCACAUCACUAGCGCCCGCCGCGCCCGUCACCCUGCACGCGCUGCACUGCCUCGAGGCGCUGCACAAGGAGGCACUGUCGCGGCACGAGCUGCUGCCGCCGCUGUUCGAGGCGCUGACGUCAUUAGCGGCCGCCUGCGCGGAGAGGGCGGCGCGCGGGGAGCGGGUCGAGAGGGGCGAGCGGGGACCCCAAGCCGGGGCCCGCUGCCUGUCCGCCGCAGCGGCCCUCUACCGAGCGGCCCCCGCGCCCAGCGCGCCACAGCUGCCCUGCCUGCUGCGGGCACUUCACUCGGCCGUGCAAAAGUGCGGCACGGAAAAGGGUCGUCGCAACAGCGAGCCGUCAGAAGACACCGCGCAAAUCGCCUCGCUGUUGCUCCAGGUUCUCGCUACCGGUUUACCUCUAGCGAGGGAGAAACCGGCGGACUACGAAGAUUUCUGGGAGGUUCUGCCCACCGUUCUCGAGACGUUUAUGUUUGAGCCGCCGGUCGGCGGCGGGUCGCACGCGCGCGAGCUGGUGGGCAUCGUGCGCGACGAGGUGCUGCGGGGGACGCCGCGCGCGCCGCCGCAGCACGCGCGCCGCGUGCUCAAGCUGCUGCGCGCCGCCUCGCUGCACGCGCAGCCGCGGCCCGCGCAAAACGAACAGGAGCUCCGGGAAAGGGAGGAGUUCGCACGGACGUGUUUCGAAACUCUCCUCCAGUUCUCGAUGCUGGAGGACAUCGACUCCCUCACCGGAGGUGAUAGUGAAACCGACCCUUUGGCAAUCAUGCCCCUGUUGGAUAGAUUCCAGGAGGUCAUAUCCAAGUAUACCGGCGAGGAUGAUAAUACGGAACCUUUACCAAGGCAUCAGCUUUCUGAGAUAUCGUUUGUGCUGAAAGCGAUCGCGAGCCUCACGGAGGCGAUGAAGAAAGCUCCACCAGGCAAAGUGGACACCACUGCGUGGGAUAAAUUGAUAGUCGUGUUCAAUGCACCAAAUGCCAUGGCACCGAUUGUCGGCCGUGUCUUCGUUCGACGAAGAAGCAUUAAUGAUUUGCCAACCGUCGACUCGAACGGCGUAGUGGGUAGUGUACUUGCCUUCUGCGCCAUAGGGCGUGGGGCUGUACCCCGCGCUGGUGCGGCUGGCGGCGAGCGCCCGCGCGGCGGCCGCCGGCGGAGCCCUGCGCGAAGCCCUGCUGCAGUUCGCCGCGCUCCUCGCCCCGCCCGCGCCGCCCCUCUAGCGCCGAGUGCUCUACACCAUACGCAUAUAGAGCACGCGCCUGUAGCGCCCGGAAUGUUGGCUGCUUUGGCCGUGGCCGCUAAUCGUCCG